AUGCAUCCAACCAGUACACAUCGUCGCAAACGAGUCCUUCAUCGUCAGUAUAAUAUUGCCGCAAGCAAAAGUAAUAAUAGAGAUGACCUAUUUCCUACACAUGACUGCUCACAACCAGAGAAUCAUAAUAAUUCUAUCUGGAAAAAAUCUGAUCGAUUACUAUGUUCUGUUUGUGAUGGACCAGCUUUCGGUUACAAUUUCGAUGCUAUUUCAUGUGAAUCAUGUAAAGCAUUCUUUCGACGUAAUGGUUUAAGAUCUGGCAAAAAACUUCAAUGUCGUGCUCUUGAUGGUCAAUGUCAUAUAACGGUAACAACACGAAAACGAUGUAAAGCAUGUCGAUUGGCAAAAUGUUUGGAGAAAGGUAUGCGAGCCGAUUGGAUAUUGUCCGAAGAAGAACGUAUAAAGAAAAGGUUGAAAAUUGAAGAAAAUCGUCGUCUUCGUCAAAUCUUUUCAUCGAAUUCAAUGGAAUCGGACGAGUCAUCACCUGUCGAAUUGAGAAGAAAGCCCGUUAAAAUUGAAGAUCCAAACCUUUCUCAUUUUCUAUUUUCAAUAUUAUCACCAUAUGCAGAUUUAGAUAAAAUUCAACAGAUUCAAAACGUCUAUAAAGAUUCGGUUCGACUAGUAACAUUACCAUCUUCAAUUCCUUCGUAUCCACAUACAGCAAGAAUACAAGCUCCAUGGGAUAUGUUAAAUUUUCCAGCAAAUAUUCAAGCAUUACGCCUUAUUACCUAUUUUAAAUUAAUGCCAGAAUUUACUUCGUUAGACGAAGAUGAUAAAUUUAUUUUAAUUAAAUAUAAUACAUUUGCAUUAGUAUUUAUGCGUUCAGCAUUAGGUUACAAUCAAUCAACAGAUAGUUACCAUGAGCAAGAUACAGAUGAUUGUGUUUUUUCCGGUGGAGAUUUCAUUCAAUGCUUUAGUCUAUUUCAAUAUGUGCAAUUAACACGUGCUAUAGUUCGACUAUUAGAUGCAUCGAAAAAUGAUCGUCUUAUUAUACAGAUAUUAUUAAUAAUUAUAUUAUUUUCCAAGGGUUCAUCAUUAUUGACACAUAUCGAUGCAGUUGAACCGAUUGUGAAAGAUAUAUUGUCUAUAUAUCGUGCACAGAAUAUUUUCAUUGAUUUAUUAUGGAAAUAUUGUGAAGAAAAAUUCGGUUUUGCAAAAACAAUAAAGAUCUGGUUAAAGCUUGUUACAUCAUCAAUAGAUAUACAUUUUCAAGCGUACAAUAUCCGACAGAAUUAUAUUAAAAAUGAGUUCGUGGCAGAUAAACUUGUACCACUUAUGAAAUCAGUGACAUUAAUCGUCUAG